AUGGCGGGGCCGCGGCGGGGCGCGGGGCCCCCGUGGGUGCUGGGCGGCGCGGCGCUGGGGGUGUGCCUCGCGGGGGUCGCCGGGCAGCUGGUGGAGCCCAGCACGGCACCGCCCAAGCCCAAGCCACCCCCGCUGACCAAGGAGACCGUGGUAUUCUGGGACAUGCGCCUGUGGCACGUGGUGGGCAUCUUCUCGCUCUUCGUGUUGUCCAUCAUUAUCAUUCUGUGCUGCAUCUUUAACUGCCGUGUGCCACGGACCCGGAAAGAGAUUGAAGCCCGGUACCUGCAGCGAAAGGCAGCCAAGAUGUACACGGACAAACUAGAGACAGUGCCACCCCUCAAUGAGCUCACAGAAAUCCCCGGAGAGGACAAGAAGAAGAAGAAGAAGGACAGCGUGGACACAGUGGCCAUCAAGGUAGAGGAGGAUGAGAAGAACGAGGCCAAGAAGAAGAAAGGAGAGAAGUGAGGAGAGCUUCCUGGAGGUGGCAGUGGGGACUGGCAGGCCCUGGGCUCUAGUCCUGGCCAGAUUCCAGGCACCUUAGACUCCAGACUCAUCCAUGGACCACAGAAGCUGCAGAACAGCCUCUCCCUGCUCGGGGCGGGGGGUGGGGUGGGGAGGCCAUGGCUGCAUCUUCACAACCCAUCAGGGGCAGCGGCAAGACUGCGCCAGUGUCCUGCCUCCCAGCCCAAGCUCGGUCCUUUCACCCAUCCACGUGACCGCUCAACAAAGUUGGUCUUGAGCCACUGUCCCUCUGCAUAUCUAGAGCAGCUUCACACCCACCCAGACGUGUGUCUGUUCCACGCUUCUGCCAGGAAGGGCAUUGGCCUUAAAAGAGCAAUGGCAUGUGGGGCCCCUUCUGGAAGGGGUUGGCUGAAUUUGAUGGCUGGACUAAGGCCACACCCAGAUUGGCCACAAGGAGGGAGGGGUUACUGUGGGAAAUGAUGGCAUCAGAAGGUUCUCAGACUCUGCUGGUCCUGGGGGCCAGAAGAACGUCCCAAACCUACAGGGGUUCUGGCCCAGGAAGAUGAGCAGAGGUGGUCUCAGAAGAAGACUCAGCACAGCAGAUCCCAAGCUCCAGGCAAUGGGAUGCACUUGUUUUAUACCUUGGGAUGAAGCUGAGGUUGCUGAGAAACCUAGAAUAGGCCCCGGGGGCACAGGGCUGGAGGCUAUCGGAGUGAGUUAGGGGUGCAGGAGGCUGAGAUCAGUGGGCCAGAAGGAGAAUAGGGGAAAGCUGGGUCCUGGGUCUCUUCUUGGGGAUCCAGGAAGUAUACAAAGCCAAAGGGAAUCUCAGGUUGUUCUGGUGCCUCUUUCUACGGUCAGCUGAGGAGGGAGAUGUCAGGGCCGUGGGGGACCAUCACAGGCGGCAGCUCCCUCUCCUGUUCCUCUUGAAAAAAGCCCCCAUGAAGCAGGCUGACCAGAAGGCCAAGGCCCAAACACCACCUGAGGACUUAGUCCUCGGGCAGGGGCUUCCAGAAAACACAGGCUAAGGCACUCAGACCUGGACCUGAAACUGGGGAGACAGCAGGGGAGGUUUCUGAGCCAAGGAGAGCACUAAAAAAGCUCUAUCUACAGGGGCCUGCAGACACUUGGAAACAAAGCUGAGUGCCUCCUCAGACCCUGUGACCUGAGACCAGCCCUCAGAAUGGGUCCCAGGACAUCUGUGGAGGGUAAUUGGCAGCUGUGAUAGGUGGGCACAGACUGGGCUGAAAUCCCCUCCCCUGACUUUCCUCCCAAGAGAAUGAGGGGCAGCUACAGGGCAGGGCACCAGGACCAGAUAGGAGGGGGCUGUUCUCCACUCCCUCCCCUCUCCCUGUGGCUUUCAGUAGGCCUCUGAUGAUCUGGGCCCAGCACUGGGGACACAGAGGACAACCUGGAUCCUGACUAGGACCCAGAUUAUUAUUGCCCAAGAAGAGAGCUCCAGGCUGACAGGGUAGGGGUGGGAGGAAGCACAAGGCUGAGAGCAGGACAGCAGUGGGAAGAGCUGGCUGACCUCUGUCCUCUGUGGUCAGUCUAGGGGCUUCUCACAUAGGAUUGUGUCAAAGGUCAUCCUGCCCAUACAGGAGAAUUCCUCCUGUGUGGGCCAACAGCAAAAGCCUGGAGGGACAGGGGCCACUUGCAGUCAUAGACAAAUCACAGGCAAAACCUGGGUAAGUUAAGACCUGGGCAUCACCUGCCCUGCCUAUUGUCUCCCCCACCCUCUGACCUGGGGUCUCCGCUGGGCCUUUGGAGGGCAUGGCUGCUGAUGGUGGAGAUAAUGUCUGGUCCCGGUGGGCACCUGCCUCCAUCUCCAGGCAGAGGGCAGAGCUAGAGAGUCCAAGUUCACGACUGCGCUUCAGGGCAACAGCCUGAUUUUUAGUCACUGACCAGUGGUCAAGGGGAGCCUGUCUCCCACUAAAGUAUCACAGAAAGAAAAAGCUCUCCUCCCCAGCCCAGACUGGGUUCACCCUCACCCAGCCUCGCCCUGGCCUCAGCCUGGGCAGUAAGUUCCAAGCUCUCCAUCAUCUGCCCGCAAUAUCAUUGCUUCACACUCCAAAUCAAACCUUUAGACAGGCAGAUCCUGGGGGGCUGCACUUUUCAAAAUAAACUUCCCUGUGUCCCCCAU